AUGCGAACUGGUUGUGUUAAAGAUGAAGACCGUUCUGGGAGACCUUCGAUAAUUCCACAAGUUGAGCAAUGCAUACAAGAAGCGAUUACGCGUAGCCCCUAUGCAUCUACACGAAGACUUGGCCGGGAACUAGGUAUUUCGCAUACUACUGCUUCGAAAACUCUACGCUGUUAUUUAAAGAAGGAUGUCUACCCCAUUCAAAGUGUGCAUAACCUUGAAGCUGAGGACUAUGCAGCUCGGCAAGUCAUGUGUUAUGAUUUGUUGGAAGCUGUGGAGAAUGAGAACUUAAUGGAGAAUGUUCUCUUUAGUGACGAAGCCACAUUCCAUCUCAACGGCCCCUUUAAUAAGCAUAAUUGCCAAAUGAGAGCUGAUAAACAACCAAACAUGUUAUACGAACCUCAAGGAGACACACCUAAAGUUAAUUAUGGAUUUGAAUAA